AUGGCUGCGAAUGGUGAAGAAGUUCAAGAAAACCGUGAAGUUCCCCGUUUGAAUGAAAGGAUUCUUUCUUCUCUGUCAAGGAGAUCAGUAGCUGCUCAUCCUUGGCAUGAUCUUGAAAUUGGACCCGAGGCUCCUCAGAUUUUCAACUGUGUUGUAGAGAUCACUAAAGGAAGCAAGGUCAAGUAUGAACUUGACAAAAAGACUGGACUAAUUAAGGUUGAUCGAGUUUUGUAUUCAUCUGUUGUUUAUCCUCACAACUACGGUUUUAUCCCUCGCACACUGUGUGAAGACAAUGAUCCAAUUGAUGUCUUGGUCCUCAUGCAGGAACCAGUUCUUCCUGGUUGUUUCCUGCGAGCCAGGGCCAUUGGACUCAUGCCCAUGAUUGACCAGGGAGAGAAAGAUGAUAAAAUUAUUGCAGUGUGCGCUGAUGAUCCAGAAUAUAAGCACUUUACCGACUACAAAGAACUUGCACCUCAUCGCAUCUCUGAGAUCCGACGCUUCUUUGAAGACUACAAAAAGAACGAGCACAAGGAGGUGGCAGUUAAUGAUUUUCUACCAGCAAGCGUUGCUAUUGAUGCCAUCAAGUACUCAAUGGAUCUCUACGCAGAGUAUAUUCUGCACACCUUGAGGCGAUAG